CACAAAGCAAAGUACUCCCCUUUUCGGUGGUUUGGAGUCCCGGGUGCCGGCGGCCAUCCGGAGCUCCGUCGGGUCACCGGAGGGAUCCGUGGCGGAACCCACCCUGAGGCUUUGGGAUUUUCCCGAAGCUUUCAGGCUGCCUGAAUAAAGAACAAGGUUGGAGUGGGAAAAGACAGGAAAUUUCCUGUCUGCCAGUUUACAAGAACUUGACUAAUGGAAUUCGCCAAGAAGAUGGACGUCAUCAACGUCACUGCCUUGCCCAUGAUUCCAUUGGAUGAGCACCAGGUGGUCUCUGUCAAUGCCCGGAAAGUACUGGAGAAUUCUUUGAGGAAACAGUUGCAAGACCAUCCCCCCAUUUCCUUAGCAACUUGCCUCCCAGCAUGCAUCAUUGGCUCCAUGAGUCAGAUGAACCAGAAGAUUACUGAGAUAGACCUGUGCCCCAGCCUGUGGGUCAGCAUCUCGGCAAUUGAGGAAUAUGAGUUGGAGAAGAAGUCUUUAAAAGAGAAAACUCACGGCAGCCUGGGAGACAGAGCCGGGCGACCAAAGGAGGAGUCACCAAUAUCCUGCAAAGGUUCGGAGCUCCGGAAUGCCAAGAUGAUCCUGACAAAAAGGAAAAGAGCAGAUAAAAACCUGCUGGCAGAGCUUUACCAAUACCCCCCAUUUGAUGAAACUAGGCCCAACAGGCUUCCCAAUGGCGUGGACUUCUGCGAUAUGGUGGGCAAUGUGAUCCGGUCUGAGAAAAACCCGCUUAGUGGCAAGUCUUACUGUUUAGACAGAGAAUUAGAGAAGUUUCUAUCCUCUCCCCCCCUGAGCGCCAUCUGGCUGGACAGCUUUUGGUGGCUAUUUCAUGAACGGUACCAGCCAAACAAGGAGAUCCAAAACAAGCUGUUUGACCGAAUAGCCCGAAAUUAUGCCCUCCUGUUGUUCAAUACGGUCAGGUCCCACUAUGAAGAGGCGCUCAUAAAAAGGCUCCCAUCGCUUCUGAGCAAAGCCCUGUACACCAGCUUCUGCUGCUGUUUCCCCCAGUCCUGGUUCAACACCCAUGAAUUCAAGUCAGAAAUUUGUAACACCAUGGGCCUGUGGAUCUCAGGGACGUAUCCUUGCCCAAAGAGCUAUGACAAUUGGGACUACUCGGAGCUGGAUCCGGAGAGGUUCCGGAGAGAAGAACUGAUGUUACAGAGCAGUCGACUUAUAAGGGGAAGAGCGUUCACCCUCUUCACUUGUAAGAGAGCCUCUAUCCAGAAGGCAGAACAGAACAAAAACAAGAAAUUCCAUCACGUUCCGGUAAGCAGAGAACACAGACCUGGACCCGAAGCACUUGCUCCUGUCCACAGUCCUCCUGGGCACCAGAGUCCAAAACACCAGUUCCUCUCAUUGCUUAUUCUGUCUGAUGUCUCAGGAAGGUGUGAGGCAUGGGAGGGGGUGCAGAGAGGAGAGCAGUGUGAGUCUUUACCUGGGUCAGAUAAGCACCUCAGUGUGCAAGACAUUCCCGUGACAGAGCCCUCCACUCAAGUGUCAAGAGUGCCAGGGCUCCCAACCCUGUUCAUUAGUCAGGCCCUGCAUCCUUGGAGUCCAGUUUAUUUUGCCACCCAAGUGCUGGGAUUAAGCUCAUGUGCCACCCUUGGCAAGGAUAUGCUCCCUUGUAUCACAUUGACAGAUCAGCCAGCAACUGCCCUGAUCUCCCGGAAAGCCACACCGCAGGUCAAGAGGAUAUCAGAAGCCAGAGCAUACAUGAGUUUGCUUCUGAAAAAGUCCCACCCUGCCUGCAAAAGCCCCAAGCUGACUUCAAACCAAUUCAACCUUUAUGGGAAGAGCCCGCUAAUCGUGUACUUCUUCCUCAACUACUCCAAGCUGCAGCUGAAUGGCCAGGAUGUGCUGGUCAGCAGGAGAGAAAAGACCAAUGUCGUCCCUGACUCUGCCAUGACCUACGCUGACAUCAUCUUACUGGUCAUGAAGAACAUGGAGACUCGAAAGAGAAAGCUCAAGCGGCUGUAUCAGCUGCACGAGGAUGAGUGGACCUGUUUUAACAACUACCUAAUGGAGCUGCAGGAGAACUUCGAGAGGGAGGUGAAUAUUAUCAAUCAAAGAGCAGCAGAAAGAAAAAGAGCCAAACAUUCCUUUCUCACGCCUUCCUUACUGUUUGAUGACUUGCUUGACAAGAAAUCCAAAGGAAACCCCCAACGAGAAACUCCGUUUCUUUCAAGGAAGAAACAGAAAGAGGUGGAAGAGAAACAGAGGGUUUUCCAGUCCCCUUUCUCAUUACAAAGUACCGUGGAUAACUACUCCCUGGGCCUAAGAAGCCCCUACAGAAUCGGAUCUGCUUCCAGUUCUAGCAAGCGCAACACCAAGAUAUCCAGAAUCAAGCAGGAGAUGCUCUUUAGACUCUCACCGACUUCCAUGGAAUGAACACCAAGGAUAGGCUCGGACUGCAGAGGUGGUGCCUGCCUGUGUUGUUGGAGUGAGAGCUCUUCUGCAGCCAGGGCCAUGCUGAGUCUUCCUCAGUCCACGGGAUAAUGAAUAUUAAAGUUCUCAUCUACCACGAGCCAAAGUGAGGGCUGAGAGAAGGUGACUCACCUCAUCCAUUCAGACAUUUACUAAUGCAUUCUUUCAUUCACUUAUUAAUAAUAACCACACAAUUCAACACAUCAUUAUGAAACAUAGCAAGACCUUGACUCAAAAAAACAAACAAACAGGAAGUAUUAGAAGGGAACUGAGCCAGGUGGUGGUGGCACACGC